GGGAGCCGAGCGAUCCUUUUGGCGCUGCCAGUAGCCUGGAGCCGAAGCUGCUUUCUCUUCUACUCCCCCCCCCAACCACCUGCCCCCUCCCCGAUCCUGUCUCCUUUGGGGGAGACCCCCCACACACACACACCCUCCACCGGACCUUUCAAGAGAAGAGACUGUCGUUUCUUCCUUGGCCCUUUUCAAAGUGCUGUUCUUAUUACCGCCACUAUUCUUAUUUUGCCCGGCGGGGGGAGAAAAGAAAAAAAAAAGAAUUCUCUGGAUGUCGCUGCGCGGGAUCUGGUGAUCCGCGAAAGGUUUUUUUUUUUCUCCCGAGGAUGCGGAGCCCCGCAGGAUGGUCUUGAUGCCGCCGCAGCUGCACAGCCUUAGCAUCUGAUCCUCCCAGCUUCCAGCCUCGGGGGCUUACUGAGAUGCUCCAGGAGAAAAGCUUGUCGGACGUGGAGGAUGGGUUUGUGGUGCCUCAGGGCCCUGCCCAUGCUGAAACCACGGGAGGGUCUCCAGUACUUGGGGUCGCAGGAGUCAGCAGCACACCCCUGAACAGUCCUCAGGUCCCAGAUGCGGAACAGACCAUUGAGAAUAUCAAGGUGUAUUUGCACGAAAAAGAGCUAUGGAAGAAAUUUCACGAAGCUGGGACCGAGAUGAUUAUAACUAAAGCCGGGAGGAGGAUGUUUCCAAGCUACAAAGUGAAAGUGACCGGCAUGAACCCCAAGACUAAGUACAUCUUGCUGAUUGAUAUCGUCCCCGCCGACGACCAUCGAUACAAAUUCUGUGAUAACAAGUGGAUGGUGGCUGGAAAAGCUGAACCUGCGAUGCCUGGACGAUUAUAUGUUCACCCCGACUCUCCAGCCACCGGAACCCAUUGGAUGCGACAACUGGUGUCUUUCCAGAAGCUAAAACUCACCAACAAUCACCUGGAUCCCUUUGGACAUAUUAUUCUUAAUUCCAUGCACAAAUACCAGCCCAGGUUGCACAUAGUGAAAGCGGAUGAAAACAACGCAUUUGGCUCAAAGAACACAGCUUUUUGCACUCACGUCUUUCCAGAAACCUCCUUUAUAUCGGUGACAUCCUACCAAAAUCAUAAGAUCACCCAGCUGAAGAUAGAGAAUAACCCGUUUGCCAAAGGCUUUCGAGGGAGCGACGACACCGAUCUCCGCGUGGCAAGAUUACAAAGCAAAGAGUAUCCUGUGAUCUCGAAGACCAUCAUGAGACAGAGGUUGGUGUCCGCGCACGGUCAACUCUCCGGAAAAUCGGACCUCAGCCCACCUCACGGAAGCCACCAGUCCCUCCACCACUACCAGUACGAGAAUGGCGCUCACAUGCAGUUUGCCGCCUCAGAUGCCCAGGAUCUGCCAAUUAACACCUUCACGGGACAGAGGGAAUCUGGGCUCUUCUACCACUGUCUGAAACGGAGAGAAGGGGCCCGGCACCUGGACUUACCCUGCAAACGUUCGUAUCUGGAACCAACCUCUUCCGCCGGAGAAGACCCCUACUUCCGGUCGCCUCCACCCUACGAACAACAGAUGUUGAGUCCCCCGUAUUGCGGCGAGGUGACCCCACGAGAAGCAUGCAUGUACUCCGGGUCUGAAAUUGCAGGCGUGUCAGGGGUGGAAGAUCUGCCUCCUCCUCCUCCUCCUCCUCCCCCACCUCCUCCCCCACCCCCUCCCCCUCUGAGCUGCAAUAUGUGGACCUCAGUUGCACCUUACACCAGCUACAGCGUUCAGACCAUGGAGACUGUCCCCUACCAGCCCUUCCCUGCUCACUUCACGGCCACCACCAUGAUGCCACGCCUCCCACCCAUAGCCGGUCAAGGAUCGCAGACACCGGGCAACAGCCCUUUCGCUGUCUAUAAUCAGCUCUCCCAACCUCGCGAGAGGAUUCCCGGAUCGCCCUUCCCCAGAGAACGGAUGGGGGAGAGGAAGCUCCCGUCGCCCCACUUAAGCCCGGCCAACGAGUUUCUGUACUCCCAGACUUUCUCUUUGUCCAGGGAAUCCUCUUUACAGUAUCAUUCAGGAGUCAGCACAGUGGACAACUGGACUGACGGAUGAUUCCACGUGUCGCCACGUGAUUUCGAUUCGCUGCUCCCGGACGGUUAAUUCGGUGUGAAUAUUCAUGGAUGCCUUGCACGCCCGCUGCAUCUACGCCGACUUGUGUUUCUGUGGGUGUUGGGGACUUUCUGCGCAACGCCAGAGGAACUCUGUUGGGAGGAGCGGUGGGGUCAGUUCGGUGGAAGAGGUUUGGCUUAGCAGCAUGGACCCCCUGUCCCAGGGAUCCAGUUGGGUAUUUGCCUCUUAGAGAACACAUUCUUCACUGAGUUCCUUUCAGGUGCAAAGAAUUAGGAUCACAGGUUAAGUUCCAGUUAAACAGAUGUAUUGCUCAUGCCUACACACCAGAAUCUAAUUAACUAACAUUAACUAAAUAGAUAAACGUCAACAGCAUUCAAGAGGUAUUGGGCUUAGACCAUUUGUGGGAACGUAACGAUUCUAGGCUGAUUCCUCUUUUGACUCUGCCUCUCCUUCUCUUCACAGUUCCUAAAAUGCUCAAAGCUUCAUUUGAUUAUCUGUCAAAAUCAGGGUCUUCUACUCCAUCCAAGAAAAGUCGAUAGACAUAACUUGGGCUCCCAGAUGUAAGGGCAGCAAAAAAAUCCCACAAUUUUUUCCCCUUAGCUGCAGCCGAUUUUACCUCUGGUUAUUAUCACCUACCAACAACAACAACAAAAAAAAAACAAGGCCAGUAUUUUUUGCUGGAAAUUGCCUAGUGGGGAAAAUCAGGAUGUCCAGGUAGUUCAAAUGAAUAUAAAGAUUUAUUGCAGGCUUAAGCUCUCUACAACAAUCUGAGCUACUAACGGUCAAAGCAAAUGAGCGGUAGAGGAGAGUCAGUGGAAUUUAAGGUGGGUUGAACUUACCUCUCUUGUGGGCACGAAGGGACUCCAGAUUCAUGAUGGUGCUUGACCCCCUCCCAGUGGCUCAGCCUUGUCAUCUAUAACAGAGUUCCUCAAUCUUUCCGGCUUGGUGGCCCGGAAGCAAAGGAAGCAGCAGGGAAAUGUGAGCGUGUGUGAACCCACUUUGGGUGCCCUUGGUUUGAAGAACAAACAGAACACACACACACACACACACACACACAGAGAGAGAGAGAGAGAGAACUACAAUGCACUCCAUUCCUGCUUAAACCUAGCCAUUUAAGGCAGGGGUCUCCAACCUUGGCAAUUUUAAGACUUGUGGACUUCAACUCCCAGAAUUCCUCAGCCAGUCCACAAGUUAUAAAAGUUGCCAAGGUUGGGGACCUCCGAUUUAGGGUGCUAGGAUACUGAUCAUCAAAAAAAAAAAAAAGAAGAGAGGGUGUUUUUAAAACGGAGUUGCUUUUAAAAGUGUUAAAUGGUUCUCCUCAAACAUUGUGGUGCAAGGUGCCUCCCCCCCAAAAAAAGUACCCAAGACACCAGAUUUAAUCCCCCCCUCAAAGAACCUCCUGGAUUAAACCUAACCCAAGCUGUGUUAAAAAAAAAAAAGGCAGAAAUUUGGGCUGCAGCUCUUUGCCUUCCGCGUUCCCAAGAGCAGAAAUAAAUCAGUGUUUUUCUGCCGUUUUUUUUUUUUUUUUAAAAAAUAAGCCAAAUUCUUAGCGAUGCUAAAUUGUCUUGGAUAAAACCAAAGAAAUAUGAGGUCAUGUUUUUCUAAUUUCCUGGAUUGCAGAGAAUGGAAUUUCCGUCCUUGGGGAAACACCCUGCUAACCCAAGCGACAUCUCUUCAUCCAUCCUUAAUCCUGAGGCUCCACCGAGAACCGCAGAAAAUUAUUCCAGCUAAUUAUAAAUACAGAAGCUGGGAAUUUGGAAUUUGUCCCUCGGAGAUAUUAUGUAGCCGCCUCAGAUUUCCAGCCUGGGUUUGUACCGACAUUCCUCAAGUUACGACCACAACUGAGCCCCAAAUUUCUGUUGUUAACUGAAACCAUUGUUGAGUUUUGCCCCAUUUUAUGACCUUUUUGUCACAAUUGUUAGGCG